UUACUGCUCUAUAACAGAUAGAAAAUCAACAAGGUCGUUCUUCUACCGGAUAUAUUAGUGUUAGUGAUUAUAUAUACAUAACACAACGGAUUUUCAAUGCCUGACAGUUCCAAACGUGGUUUAUUUGUGGUUUUCGAAGGUGUUGAAAAAUGUGGCAAAAAGACACAAUCAGAACUAUUACAAGAAGCUUUAACUCAAAUUACUGGCAAACAAGCUUUGUUGAUUCAUUUUCCUGAUAAAAGUACACCAAUAGGGAAACUACUGACUGAAUACUCUGAUGGAAAACUCCAACUGGAACCACAUGCAGCUCAUCUUCUUUAUAUAGCUAACAGAUGGGAACGUCAAGAUGAAAUUUCGAGUGCAUUAAAAGCUGGUAUUAGCGUUGUCGUAGAUCGGUACAGUUAUUCUGGGAUUGCUAACACAGCUGCUAAAUUUCACCCACUCUCUGAAUUUGAUUGGAAAUGGUGCCGUUCUAUGGAAUACGGGUUAUUGCAACCAGAUUUUAUAUUUUGCCUUGCUCCAGAAAAUUUUGCUGAAAUUUCAGUUCGUGAAGCCUUUAGUGACAAAAAGUUUGAAACAAUGGAUUUUCAAAAGCGAAUUCUUAUUUAUUACGGUCGUUUAUCACGCGAGAUGGAGUCUGAGUUAAGUGAGAAUGAUGAUACAAAAGAUCAUGAACCGCGACUUUGGCAUUGGAUACCAGCAACAGGUCAAACUGUGGAUGAGACUCAUUCAUGUAUAAUGUCGAUUAUUGAUUCCAAAUUAUAAGUCAGUUUCUUAAUAAAAUUAUCUAUACAUUAUAUUUACUUUCGACUAUG